UUUUCGCGCGAGCGUGUGAAGUGAGACGGCGCGGCGUCUGUCAGCGUCUGCAGCCAGAGCGGAGCGAGCAUCGGAGGAAUACUGUAGAGAAAAUGCCCAUUGAAUACAAAAGGAGACCAACUUUUUUUGAAAUUUUUCAGGCGCGAUGCAGCACAGCAGAUUUAGGGCCAAUAAGCCUCAACUGGUUUGAAGAACUUUCUUCAGAAGCCCCACCGUAUAAUUUUGAACCUUCAGAAGAAUAUGACUGUAAACCCCACAGUUAUGAACCACAGCUGUUUAAAACACCACAGAGAAAGCCGCCUUACCAUCAGUUGGCUUCAACUCCAAUAAUAUUCAAAGAACAAGGUCAAACUCUACCACUAGACCAGUCGCCUUUCAACGAAUUAGGGAAGAAUGCUGCAAACAGUAAACAUAAAAACCACCGCCCAACGAAGGCCAAAGUGGGCCCCGUACUUGAUGUUGCCAGUCCGCCUCUGAGGUCUUGUCUCAGUGAAAGCCCUCUUCCUCUGCGACGCUCACAAGUUGUACCACAAAGAGAAAAGCCAGUAUUAUGUGGAAGUUUAUUUUCUACACCAAAAAUCGAGGAGGGUCAGACACCCAAACCCAUUUCUGAAAGUCUCGGAGUUGAGGUGGAUCCUGAUAUGUCUUGGUCAAGUUCAUUAGCUACACCACCAACCCUUAGUUCCACUGUGCUCAUAGCCCGAGAUGAGGAAGCACGAGGAAUUGUGUAUCCUGAAGACUCUCCUGCUAUUUUGAGAAGCUACUUUUCCAACCACAAUGAAAGUCUGAAAAAGAAUGAUAGAUCUCUUCCCUCUGUGACUGACAGUGAAAACAAAAGCCAGAGGCAAGCUUUUAGUCACGAAUUGGAGAAAAUGUUAGGGGAUUCAUCUGGCAAAACAAACAGCUUCAAAGAUUGCCUUCCAAAGACAGUGCCAAGUGUUGUAGAAGAUUGGGAGACAACUGCAGAAACUUCUGAAGAAGAUAGUUUCUCGUUAUGUUUUCCUAAGCAUAGAAGCAGAAAUCUACAAAAAAUGAGAAUGGGCAAGAGCAGGAAGAAAAUUUUCAGUGACGUCAGAACUGAUGAAUUAAGUGAAGAAGCUAGAAGAUGGGCUGGUGAGAAGCAGUCAUCUGCACUGGAUAAACCAAGCCACAGUGAUCCCUUAGAUCCAGAUGUGACAAGCCAGAAGCCCUGUGGCAGUGGAAAUGAGGAAAUCUGCAAGGAAGCUGUACAGUCUUCCUGCAGUGGAUGGUCUCAGCUAACCCUCUCUGGCCUGACUGGAACACAGAAGGGAAAAACACCUCUCCUGUGUAUUUCUUCUAAUAACCAGAGUAAUUCAGAAAAAGACUUCAUAGAUACGAAGAAAGAAGGUAUUGACUCUGUUGCUUCAGAAAACUCUUUACCUCAUAUUUCUGUUCUUCCGGAACCAGAAAAGGUGAUCAGUGAGAAAACUCUGGGAGAUAGGGCACAUGAAGGACAGCAUCUUGACUCACAUGAGGUCUCCAUUGCAGGAACUUGUCAAGCAGCCUGCCUGUUUCAGAGUGUUGGCAAGUCUGUGUUCAGAAUGAGAGAGCCACUUGAGGAGUGUCUGGGUACUGUUUUCUCAGAGAGUGAGACCAGCCUAGCCGCCACAGAAGAACCUGGCACCUCUGCCAGUGUGUUGGGAACGUGUGCUGUGUGCUCACAGACAGAACCUGGCGCCUCUGCCAUUGUAUUGGGAACCUGUGCUGUGUGCUCACAGACAGAAGAACCUGGCGCCUCUGGCAGUAUGUUGGGAACCUGUGCUGUGUGCUCACAGACAGAACCUGGUGCCUCUGUCAGUAUGUUGGGAACGUGUGCUGUGUGCUCACAGAUAGAGAAUUCAUUAUGUCCUGGUUCAGCUGACUCUGGAAGCUGGCCAACAACUCUCACUCACACUUCUGCAACUGGGAAAACUGCAGGUUUAAUAUCCACUCUAAAAAACAAAAGAAAAAAGUUUAUUUACUCCAUAAGUGAUGAUUCAUCUCAUCAAGGAACAGAAAUACUGGCAGGCAGAACGUCAGAGCUCACUAACCCUUCAGCACAGUUUGAUGCGCCAUUCACAUUUACAUAUGAGAAUUCAGGUUUAUCAGAUUCUUCUGUCAUAAGAAGCUCCUUACAGAAUGAUUCUGAAGAGCCAUCUUUGUCCUUGGCCAACUCUUUUGUGACUGCUUCCAAUAAAGAAAGUAGUCACACAAAUGCAUUGAUAUCUCAAGAUCUCAAUGACAAAGAAGACAUAGUCAGUGAAGAAAAACCAGGGCCAUAUACAGCACUAGAAACUGAUUGUCUGUCAUGCUUGCCUGAAAAACAAUGUGAAAAUGAAGAUCAGAAGAGCCCCAAAGUUUCAAAUGAAAAAGAAAGAAUCUUAGUCUCAGCCUGUCAUUCUGGAGGACAGCAUGCGGCAGCAGUGCAGCCCGGCAGCACUAGCUUUGAAUUACAGGAAGACCCCAUUGGUGGCCAUAACAGCACCAGUAUUCUUAAAGUAACUCCCAGCUCGAAGAUGCCUCUGUCAAAGCCAGUUGUGGUUUCCAGAGGAAAAGUGUGUAAAAUGCCAGAGAAACUGCAGUGUGAGUGUUGUAAAAAUAAUACUGAAUUAAGCAAAAACAUUCCUUUGGGGAAAAAUAAAAUAUGCGUCCUAAGUGAAAAUUCUAAAACCUCUGAGUUUCUGCCAUCUGGCAAAUAUGUGACCGAAGUGCCCCCUGCAGGGAAGUCUUGGUUCAGUAAGAACACAAACCUAGCAGUCAUAAAAAAGGACCGAGAAAAAAACACUUUUAUCUCAGAAGUAACAGUCAAUAUGAGUUCUGAAGAACUUUUCCCAGAAAAUGAGAAUAAUAUUGCCUUUCAAAUAACUCAUGAAAGUAAUAAGAUUGUUUUAGGAAGUACUGUGGAACUGCAGGAAGAAGACCUCAGCCAUGCAAAAGGGCCUGAUCUCCAGAAAUCUCCUACAGCAACAGCAAUAGAUGAAGACAUAGGUGAUGAGCAAGCAGCCCGUGUGUUAAUAACAAAAGACUCAGGUUCCUCAGCUUCAGUCCAUGAGUGUACAAAGAAGAGUAGAAGUGCCAUAGAGCAGCAUCUGAAAGGAACUGCAGACAAAGAUUUAAAAUUGAAAUCUUCCCUGGAUGUGAAGUCAGAUGGGAACAAUGACUAUACAGACAAAUGUUCAUGGUUUUUGGAUCCAGUCUUUAGCCAUAAUUUUGAAGGUGGCUUCAGAACAGCUUCCAAUAAAGAAAUAAAACUUUCAGAACAUAAUGUCAAGAAAAGUAAGAUGUUCUUCAAAGAUAUUGAAGACCAGUAUCCUACUAGUUUAGCUUGUAUCAACAUUGUUAAUGCCUUACCAUUAACAAACCAGAAGAGACUAAGUGAACCUUAUACAUUUGAUUUGCAGUCACUUACUACCGUGUCUGCCGCUUCUCAGAGUCGGGCAUCUGUUUCUUGUGAAGAUACUCACACAUCACCCCAGUUGUUAUCUUCAAAGCAAGAUUUUCAUUCGAACCACAGUUUAACACUCAGCCAAAAGGCAGAAAUUACAGAACUUUCUACUAUCUUGGAAGAAUCAGGAAGUCAGUUUGAAUUCACACAGUUCAGAAAGCCAAGCCAUGUAGCACAGAAUAAUGUCCCUGAUGAGCCUGGAAACCUGGUGGUUGCCAUAGAUAUCACUUCUGAGGAGCAGAAAGAUGUUGAUCCUCAUCUCACAAUGGAUUCCUCCUCUGUUGGUCACAUGGAUCACAGCAAGAAGUUUGAAGGUUCUGUUGGUGUUAAACAAAACUUUUCUUGCCUGUUGAAAGGCAAUUGUAACGAAAGUACAUCUUGUCUUUUAACAAAUGUAAAUGAAAUGGAGUUUGAAGGAUUUCGUUCAGCUCUUGGCACAAAGCUUAGUGUGUCCAAUGAGGCUUUACAAAAAGCUGUGAAACUGUUCAGUGACAUUGAAAAUAUUAGUAAGGAAACUUCUGCAAAAAUAGACCCAAGAGCUUUCUCUUCAAGUGCUGAUCAUGAUUCUGUUGCUUCGGUGUUUAAAAUAAAGAAACAAAACAGUAAUAAAAGUUUUGAUGAGAAAACUAGUAAGUGCCAAGUAACAUUGCAAAAUAAAGCUGAAAUGACUACUGGAGGUUUUGUUGGCAAAACUCCUGAAAAUUGUACAAGAAAUACAAAAUGUGAAGAUAAUUAUACUGGUUCUCAAAGAAGUACUUAUAAGUUAGAAAACUCUGAAAGUAGUAAACCAAGUACAGGGGUCACAGUUGAUAUUCAGAAGGAUGGCGGUGAUUUACCAUGUGCUGCUGAUCAAAGCAGUAAGUAUCCUGAGUCAUGUACCCAGUAUGUGAGGGAGGAAAACACACAAAUUAAGGAGUGUAUAUCAGAUUUAACAUGUUUGGAAGUCAUGAAAGCUGAGGAAACAUGCUGUAUUCAAUCUUCAGAUAAAGAACAAUUACCUUCUGGUAAGAUGGAGCAAAAUAUAAAAGAUUUUAAUGUAUUCUUUCAGACUGCAAGUGGGAAAAAUAUCAGAGUCUCUGAGGAGUCAUUAAGUAGUGCAAAUAUUUUAAAUCAAGAGACAGAUGAAUUGAUCAUCUUUUCAGAUCCUUUGAAUUCUAAAUUUCAUUGUGGCAUAAAUAAGAACAAAAUGGAUAUUUCAUGUCACAAGGAAACUACCAGUAUUAAAAAGGUAUUCAGAGAACAUUUUCCACUUGGGACUGACGGUCAGUUGCCAACUCUUCAGCAGCAUCAUGAAUGUGAAAUAGAAAGUACCAAAGAACCUACUCUGUUAAGUUUUCAUACAGCUAGCGGGAAAAAAGUCAAAUUACACAAGGACUCUUUGGACAAAGUAAAGAAUCUUUUUGAUGAGACAAAUAUGUUAGGAAAAACCACCAGUUUUAGUCAUCAAGGGUCAAAACCCUUGAAGGACAGAGAGAACUUCAAAGAAGGGCUUAUGUUAGCAUACGAAACAAAUGUUGAAAUCUCUGCCUCAAAGAGUAAAGAGAUGCAGAAGAGCUUUGUCUCUAAGGAGACUGGAGUGCCACCCAAGCAAAGUGAUCAUUUGUAUAGGCAGACUGAAAAUCUCAGAACAUCAAAGGGUACCUCUUCUAAUGAAGUAGAAAAAUGUUCUGCAACCUCCUGCAUUAGGCGGUUGUCCUCCUCAGUCACUGAAGACUGUGCUUUGGCAUGCGACACAGGGCACGGCAGGAAAAGCUGUGCCACUGAGUUUUCUCUACCCAAAGGCAGGAAACAGCUUAGAGAAGGACUGGGGGGUAAAUCUGCAGGAAAAAAUGCUGCCGAAACUGACUGUGUAAAGGGACACACCGAAGGCUGUGCUGGAAGUGCCUCAGACGAGCAUAGUUCAGACAGCGUUAGAAACGAAGUUGGUCCAAGCUGUGCGUCUGGAAAUCAGGCUUCAGCCCUCUCUAAGGACCCUGGCAUGUCUCGCAGCUGUCCAUCCCAGUCUGGUUUUUGUCACUCUGAUAACAUGCAUAAUGAUUCAGGGUAUUUCUCAAAAAAUAGAAUUGAUUCUGAUACUCAGCCAGAUAUGAAGAAUGCUGAAGACAGUGACCUUUUCCCCAAUGUGUCUGCUACAGAAGAAGUAAGUACAUACCCACAAACUGCAAAGGAAAAUACUUGUGUUCAGAAACUUGAGACUAACUCUUCACCCUGUGCAAAAGGGAGCGUAGCCAUUGAGAUGGGUACAGGAGAUUCCAGAAACUGUAAGGUAAGCUCACCUAUGGUCGUUACAUCUUAUUCACAAGAAGCUGUAAAAACAGUGAAAGAGAUGUUCACAGACAACAACGACGAGACAAUUAAACAAAACACGAAGAGUAAGCCAGACACUUGCCACACAAGCUGUCAUAAAGUAUUGGAUAAUUCACAGGAUUUUAUACGUCCUAGCUCUUUAGAUGACAGCUAUAUAAACUCACAGAGGACUUUUGUUUAUACCCAGAAAGAACAGAUUUUACAGCAUAAUAACCAAAGUAUGUCUGGACUGGAGAAAGCUCAAAUGCAACCUGUUAAUUUGGGAACUUGGGACACGUGUAAAUCUGUAAGGGAACUUCCCCAGGCAGCCUGUCCUUCACGCACUUACGGCAUUUUUAGCACAGCAAGUGGGAAAGCUGUGCAGGUAUCAGACGCUUCAUUAGAAAAGGCGAGGCGAGUGUUUUCUGAGAUGGAUGGUGGGGCCAAACCUUCCACGGUGCCCCUGGAAGGUAAUGAAGAGUCUGAGCACUCUGUGAGAAGCGAGCACUCUGUGGUGCAGAGCCCCGAGGGUGUGUUGUCACUCCCCAAAACCUUCACGAGCAAUAUCAGUUCAUCUGUAUUCUCUGGAUUUAGUACAGCAGGUGGGAAACGAGUCACAGUCUCAGAAAGUGCCUUACACAAGGUUAAAGGAAUGUUAGAGGAAUUUGAUUUGAUCAGAACUGAACAUACUCUCCAACAUCCACCUACAUCUGAAGAUGUAUCAAAAAUACCUCCUCAGUCUUGUGUUGAAAAGAGAACUCCAGAAUAUCCUGUCAACUCGAAACCACAGAAAACCUGCGAUGGUAAAGUAAGUCUACCAAAUAACUAUAGAGAACGUGGUUCUUUGGGCAAUAUUCACGCUGUUGAAGUUUUUCCCCAGCUCCCUCCACUUAAGGAAGACACACAGUUGGUAUUAGGAACCAAAGUGUCCCUUAAGAAGGCUUAUCUUCUGGAAAAAGAACAAACCUUACCUCAAACCAUAGAAGCAGAAACUGGUAAGAUGGGAGCUUCUGGUGUUCCUGUGAGAACAAAUGUAGGAGACGGUUGUACUUCCGCUAAAGAGCCGGAGAACUAUUUUGAAACAGAAGCAGUGGAGAUUGCCAAAGCUUUUAUGGAAGAUGAUGAGCUGACGGAUUCUGAUCCAAGUCAUGUCAAACACUCACUGUCUACCUACCCCCAAAACGAGGCUUUGUUCAGUUCGAGAACUAGGAAAAGAAGAGUGGCUGUUGAUGCAGUUGGACAACCGCCAAUCAAAAGAAGCCUAUUAAAUGAAUUUGACAGGGUAAUAGAAAAUAAAGGCAAAUCCUUAAAGCCUUUAAAAAGUGCUCCAGAUGGUAAAUUUGGCACAAUGAAAGACAGAAGAUUGUUCACGCACCACCACGUCUCUAGAGCCGUACUCUCUCCCCAGUACAGCUCAAGUAAAGAGAGGCGGGAAACUCAGAGGCCUCAUUUCACUGCACCGGCUCAAGGACGUCUGUCUAGAGGGCAUCCUGGGCAUUCGGCUCCGGAAAAACCUCCAAGCCAUCCUGCAGCUUCAUUCCUGCCAACUCACGAAAUUUCUGCUUCAAGAAAUGAGAGGGACAAGAGCUCAGCCGGCAGAUCCACCACAGUCUUCGUCCCACCUUUCAAGAGGAAAUGGCAGUUCCACAGAGAUGAACAUUGGAAUAGCAAGAGUAUCAGCGCGGGACGGAAACGAACCACAGGAGCAAUAAGAUGGGGACGGGUGGAGGAUGUGAAUGACAGUGAAUUCGCCAGUUUUAAUGCUAAUUUAAUGGCAAGCCUUCAGAAUUCCAGAGACCUACAGAGUAUGCGAAUUAAAAAGAAAGAAAGGCAUCAUCUCUGUCCACAGCCGGGCAGUCUGUAUCUCACAAAAUCAUCCACCCUGCCUCGGAUCUCUCUGCAGGCCGCAGUAAGAGGCCGUGUUCCUUCUGCGUGUUCUCAUAAGCAGCUUUAUAUGUAUGGCGUUUCUAAAGAGUGCAUGAACAUUAACAGCAAAAACGCUGAGCAUUUUCAGUUUGACAUGCAGAAUUACUUUGGUAAAGAAGAUGUGUGUGAUGGAAAGGGCAUUCAGUUAGCAGAUGGUGGAUGGCUGAUCCCCUCCAAUGAUGGGAAGGCUGGAAAAGAAGAAUUUUAUAGGGCUCUCUGUGACACUCCAGGUGUGGAUCCAAAGCUUAUUUCUAGUGCCUGGGUGUCUAAUCACUACCGGUGGAUUGUAUGGAAACUGGCAGCUAUGGAAUUUGCUUUUCCUAAAGAGUUUGCUAAUAGAUGCCUAAACCCAGAAAGAGUGCUGCUUCAACUAAAAUACAGAUACGAUGUGGAAAUCGACAACAGCAGCAGGUCGGCUCUCAAGAAGAUCCUGGAGAGGGAUGACACGGCCGCAAAAACACUCGUUCUCUGCGUUUCUGAUGUCCUUUCACCAAGCACAAGUGGACCCGAAGCCUCAGGCAGGGAAACUCGUGCAGAUCCCAAGAGUGUAGACGCUGUCGAGCUCACAGACGGGUGGUAUGCUGUCAAGGCCCAGCUAGACCCUCCACUUGUGGCUCUGGUAAAGAGCGGGAGACUGACUGUGGGUCAGAAGAUCAUUACCUAUGGGGCAGAGCUGGUGGGCUCCCCUGAUGCCUGUGCACCUCUGGAAGCCCCAGACUCUCUUAGGCUAAAGAUUUCUGCCAACAGCACACGGCCUGCUCGUUGGCACAGCAAGCUGGGGUUCUUUCGUGAUCCCAGGCCUUUCCCCCUGUUCUUAUCCUCACUGUUCAGUGAUGGAGGAAGUGUUGGCUGUGUGGACAUCAUUGUUCAGAGAGUGUACCCUUUACAGUGGGUGGAGAAGACAGCAUCUGGAUUGUACAUAUUUCGUAAUGAGAAAGAAGAGGCAAAGGAAGCAGUGAGAUUUGCAGGGGACCAGCAGAAGAAACUGGAGGACUUGUUCAACAAAAUCCAGGCAGAGUUUAAAGACCAUGAAGAAAACACAGCACAGCGGUGUGUGCUGUCCCGUGCACUCACAAGGCAGCAGGUCCAUGCUCUGCAGGAUGGUGCAGAGCUCUAUGCAGCAGUUCAGAGUGCUUCCGACCCCGAUCACCUUGAGGGUUGUUUCAGUGAAGAGCAGCUGAGAGCCUUGAACAACCACAGACAAAUGUUGAACGAUAAGAAACAAGCACAGAUCCAGUCAGAAUUCCGGAAGGCGUUGGAGUCCGCUGAGCUAGCGGAGGGCUUAUCAAGGGAUGUUACGACGGUGUGGAAGCUGCGUGUUACAAGCUACAAGAAAGAAGAAAAAUCAUCUCUGCUGAGUAUCUGGCGUCCUUCAGCAGACUUACACUCCCUGUUAACCGAGGGAAAGAGAUACAGAAUCUAUCAUCUUGCAGUAUCGCGAUCCAGGAGUAAAUUUGAACAAGCUAGCAUCCAGUUAACAGCUACGAAAAGAACUCAGUAUCAGCAGCUACCGGUUUCCCAGGAGACCUUACUCCAGGUUUACCAGCCCCGGGAGCCUCUUCACUUCAGCAGACUGUUGGAGCCAGCCUUUCAGCCUCCGUGCUCUGAAGUGGACCUCGUAGGAGUUGUUGUUUCUGUUGUAAAAGCAGUCGGUCUUGCUCCUUUGGUCUACCUGUCAGACGAGUGCCUUAAUUUAUUAGUGGUAAAGUUUGGGAUAGAUGUUAAUGAAGACAUAAAGCCACGUGUGCUAGUUUCUGCGAGCAACCUCCAGUGGCAUCCAGAAUCCAGAUCAGUAGUGCCGACUUUAUUUGCUGGGAAUUUUUCCGUAUUUUCCACCAGUCCAAAGGAGGUCUACUUUCAGGAGAGAGUCAACAGAAUGAAGCAAGCUAUUGGGGAUAUCGAUACAUUUUACAAGGAAGCAGAAAAGAAGCUUUUACAUCUGCUUAAUGGAGACAGUUCCAAGUGGUCCACCCCGACUAAAGACUCCACUCUGCUGGCUUCCACCUACCCUGCUUCAGAGCUCCUUGCUACAGGCAGUCAGUCAGUGAGGUUUUCACCUAACAGUGAGCAAAAUUAUCAAAGUCCUUUAUCACAUUGCACACCAAAAGAGAAGUCUACACCCCUGGCUCAGUCAGCCCAGAAGGCUUCAAAGUCUUGUAAUGGGGAGAGAGAAAUUGAUGACCCAAAGACCUGUAGAAAAAGAAGAGCCUUGGAUUUCCUGAGUCGGCUGCCCUUACCUCCCCCGGUGAGUCCCAUCUGUACCUUUGUCUCUCCGGCUGCACAGAAGGCUUUUCAGCCGCCACGGAGGUGUGGCACCAAAUAUGCAACACCUAAGAAGAAAAAAGAGCCCAGCUCCCCUCAGAGGACACUAUUUCAGAAGGCCAGUGGCGUUUCUCUUUUGGAAUAUGAUGAUUCAGUAGCUGAUGAAGAGCUUGCCUUGCUUAGUACCCCAGCCCUUUUACCUGGCUCAUCAGAAGGAAAUGAACAAGCAUUUCCUGGUGACUCCACAAGGACCCUUGCGCCCCAAGAACAAAAGGACCCCAGCUAGCACAGAGGCCAGACCCAGCAUGGAGGGCCCAGAUGCAGGAAGGAGUCUCAUCUCAGGGACUGCGGAGGUGACAACGGUGACGGAACAUUAGCUGUCGAGUCUUAGCUUCCCGGUUUGUAAAGUGUGUGCGGUUCCAAGCUGCACGUUUGUGAGACAAGACACAAAUGACAGCACAUGGCUGAAGGGUUUGUUUACUAUACAGAUGUUCUGCCUGGUUCUGUAUUUAUGCAACUAUUCAGAUGUCUAAAGCUGGCCAAUAGUAACUAACUUAAAGAUCUUUAAAUCUUUGUCAUUAGGUUUGAUCACUACAAGCAUAUUUUACAUGCAGAAUAAACAUACCUUUGCUUUUGUUUGUGUCAUUAACUAAUUAAAGCUGAGGUCUCUAAGCACUGUUACUUUACUAGAUAAUUUGUUUCAGUUUGGUUUCUUUCUGUUUUUAAGGUUUUCUAUAGGCAACUCCUAUGAAAUAAUGUCCUUCUGCUAGAGUUCCAUUCUGUCGGAUAAACAGACACGACAGUGGUGUCUACUUCUGGCCAGUUCUUUACCCUUGACAGCAAUAGGAACCUUCCGAGUCACUCCUUUCUAUAAUCUCUCAAAUGAUUCCAGCUAGAAAUCCAGCCAGGCAUAAUGAUGCACACCUGUCGUCCCUGCACAAGGUAGAGACAAAACUGGGAGUCCAGGUCAUCCUUCACUAACAGCAAGUUCAAGGCUGCCUGCUCUGUCACGCCUUCCCAACCACAGCGCCAUCUACGGGCAAAUGCUCUCACUGCGCUUCAGCCUUAAAG